GAGACGGACAGGGCCGGGGGUGAACCCCCUGCCGCUAAUAUUUCCGCUCCAAAGGGAGCCUCUCCUUUCUUGGCAAAAUGUAGAAACCUAGAUUCCCUCGCAAGAUCCACGCGACCAGCGUCGGCCACGCUGUGCUUCCUGGGGUCCCCUUGUUUAGUGAUUCUUCGUUAUGGCCGCCCGUGUGCCUUCGACUCAAUCGGGAGGACACCGAAAUCCAGAUUUCGGGGUUGCAGGGCGCGGGCCCCGGCUUGGUUAGGGCAGGGGCAGCCAUUUUGAGACCAGAAGAGGGCGGAAGGGACCAUAUUGAGAACGCCGGUUGCCUGGGGGCCGCCAUUUUAAGAGAAGCCCUGUACGGUAAACUCCGUGAUGUGGGGGCUGCCAUGUUGGUACGGCCAUCUUGGAAUGGGAGCGGCUGUGGGCGCAGCCAUCUUAGGUAUAAAAUCGGCUCCAGUCGCGGUAACUGAAGCCAAGCUCCGCCCCUACCCUCCUAAGAGUUCCUCUGCUGUACGACUGCACUCCCGCACCCUCCCCUAAAUCCCCCCUCUUCGGCCUGUUUACCUUUUAACUUGGCUUCGUUGCACGUUUGUGUGUGUGUGUUUGCUCUUCGCAGCCUCUUGAGCGUCUUUUGUACUUAAUUCUUACACUGUGGACGCUCUCUCGCGCCCGCCAUCCCCCGACCCCUCUGAUCUCCGAUCCUUGACGAUGUCUAGCCUGCAUUGAUUGGCCCUGUUCCCUGGGUAUGGCAGAUCUGUUGCUUGAUGAUCCUCUCCCCCCAAGAAUUCUAACACAGGAGCUGUCCUGAGGCUCUGGAUGACUUUAUUCUUCAAAUGGUUUUACCCUCCCAGUAGCUCCAGGGACCCUCCAUUUUCCAUAUCCAGGAAAAUGUGAUGCGCCACAGGUAUCAGCGUCUGGAUCGCCACUUCACGUUUUAGCCACAAGUGACUCAGUGGAAGAUCCAGAGUCAACAGAGGCUCGUCAGGAAGAUGUCUACAGAAAAGGUAGACCAAAAGGAGGAAGCUGGGGAAAAAGAGGUGUGCGGAGACCAGAUCAAAGGACCGGACAAAGAGGAGGAACCACCAGCUGCUGCGUCCCAUGGCCAGGGGUGGCGUCCAGGUGGCAGAGCAGCUAGGAACGCAAGGCCUGAACCUGGGGCCAGACACCCUGCUCUCCCGGCCAUGGUCAACGACCCUCCAGUACCUGCCUUACUGUGGGCCCAGGAGGUGGGCCAAGUCUUGGCAGGCCGUGCCCGCAGGCUGCUGCUGCAGUUUGGGGUGCUCUUCUGCACCAUCCUCCUCUUGCUCUGGGUGUCUGUCUUCCUCUAUGGCUCCUUCUACUAUUCCUACAUGCCGACAGUCAGCCACCUCAGCCCUGUGCAUUUCUACUACAGGACUGACUGUGAUUCCUCCACCACCUCACUCUGCUCCUUCCCUGUUGCCAAUGUCUCGCUGACUAAGGGUGGACGUGAUCGGGUGCUGAUGUAUGGACAGCCGUAUCGUGUUACCUUAGAGCUUGAGCUGCCAGAGUCCCCUGUGAAUCAAGAUUUGGGCAUGUUCUUGGUCACCAUUUCCUGCUACACCAGAGGUGGCCGAAUCAUCUCCACUUCUUCGCGUUCGGUGAUGCUGCAUUACCGCUCAGACCUGCUCCAGAUGCUGGACACACUGGUCUUCUCUAGCCUCCUGCUAUUUGGCUUUGCAGAGCAGAAGCAGCUGCUGGAGGUGGAACUCUACGCAGACUAUAGAGAGAACUCGUAUGUGCCGACCACUGGAGCGAUCAUUGAGAUCCACAGCAAGCGCAUCCAGCUGUAUGGAGCCUACCUCCGCAUCCACGCGCACUUCACUGGGCUCAGAUACCUGCUAUACAACUUCCCGAUGACCUGCGCCUUCAUAGGUGUCGCCAGCAACUUCACCUUCCUCAGCGUCAUCGUGCUCUUCAGCUACAUGCAGUGGGUGUGGGGGGGCAUCUGGCCCCGACACCGCUUCUCUUUGCAGGUUAACAUCCGAAAAAGAGACAAUUCCCAGAAGGAAGUCCAACGAAGGAUCUCUGCUCAUCAGCCAGGGCCUGAAGGCCAGGAGGAGUCAACUCCACAAUCAGAUGUUACAGAGGAUGGUGAGAGCCCUGAAGAUCCCUCAGGGACAGAGGGUCAGCUGUCCGAGGAGGAGAAACCAGAUCAGCAGCCCCUGAGCGGAGAAGAGGAGCUAGAGCCUGAGGCCAGUGAUGGUUCAGGCUCCUGGGAAGAUGCAGCUUUGCUGACGGAGGCCAACCUGCCUGCUCCUGCUCCUGCUUCUGCUUCUGCCCCUGUCCUAGAGACUCUGGGCAGCUCUGAACCUGCUGGGGGUGCUCUCCGACAGCGCCCCACCUGCUCUAGUUCCUGAAGAAAAGGGGCAGACUCCUCACAUUCCAGCACUUUCCCACCUGACUCCUCUCCCCUUGUUUUUCCUUCAAUAAACUAUUUUGUGUCAGCUUC